AGAGAUCAUUCUGGAAAGAGAUUUCCACGCCUUAAAGCCAAUAUAAAGGGUAGAACUGCACCAGGCAGCCUCAUUUGCUCCAGCAUCUUCUUCCUUCAGGCAAAAUGAAAAUCUUUGUGGUAUUUCUGGUGGUGCUGGCCAUCUUUGGGACACAAUCUCAUGGAUACGAGGUUUAUAACAUCAUCAGCCAAGUCAACAAUGGUGGCAGUGUUCAGGAGACAGUGACGAUUGACAGUGAAAAAGAUAUCGCCAUCAUCAACAUCCAUGCUGGAUUGUGCUCCUCUACCACGAUUUUUGACUAUAAACAUGGCUACAUCGCAUCCAGGGUGCUCUCCCGAAGAGCCUGCUACAUCCUGAAGAUGAACCGUCAAACCACCCCUACUCUGGACCAACUCAAACAGCACAUCUAUGAUAUGCAGGCUCUGGACAACAUAUUCUCCAACAAAUACAUCUGGGUCAAGUACAACCCUCUGCAGUCCCUGAUUACAAAUGUGGACUGGUUCCUGCUCGGGUCACCCACUGAGCAGCUCUGCAAACAUGUCCCCUUGUAUAAGGGGGAAGUGGUUGGAGAUACAGGUGAAUAAUGUCCGUGCUGGAGCCUGUGCAAAAGCUGGGCUCCUGGGCAUCUUCGGAAUUUCCAUCUGUGCAGACAUUCAUGUUUAAAGCAUCAGCCCACUGGUUUCAUCUUUUCAAAGAAAUACAACCUUGGUUUCCACUCAGCAGCUAAAUUAAAUUCUUUCCCAAUGGCCCAACUAAUUUUGAUAUUCAAUAGUAAAACAUAAAUACUAUAUUUACAG